CAUCGCCGUCUAUAAAUGGACUCUUCCCCUUCCCUUCACCACCAACCCAUCACAGCCUGCAGAGCUCUCAUCCGGCAAAACACCUUCAUCGACGCCAUGGUUGCCGGGUGCUGCACCGAAGAGCUGACGCUCAAUGUCAGCGUCCACAGAGUAUGGAAGGCGGCCGCCUGCGAGGAUCACAUCCUGCUGCCAAAGAUCAUGCCGCAGUACUUCUCCGGCGCCGAGCUCAUCGGGGAUGGUGAAGCUGGCAGCACCAAGAUCUUCCACUUCGAUCCAGGUAUGAAGCCACUGAUCUUCGUGAAGAACCAUGUCGAAGUGCUGGAUCAUGGGAGCCACACCUUGAAGUACAAGACCGUCGAGGGAGGCCACCUCGGCCACACGCUCAAGUCGCACACCAUCGAGCACAAGUACGACGCCUUGAGCGCCGACACCUGCUCUCUGAAGAUCAAGGUGGAGUAUGAUACCAUCGACGACAAGGGGCUCCCCGAGGAGGAGGUGAACAAGAUCAAGGAGGGGUCGGUAUGGGUCGCCAAGGCUGUGGAAGGUUACCUGACCACCAACCCCGCUGCUUAUGCCUAAGCCUCUGGAAACUAUCCGUAUUGUCUGUCAUGUGUGGCUUAAUAAUGGUGGCGAUGCAGCAAUACUACUCAUCGUCACCACGAGAGAGAGAGAGAGAGAGUGUGUCUGUGUGUGAGACAACGUGACAUUGUUGCUCUGUUUCUCUCUCUCUCUCUCCCAAUCUUUGUGCGUGUGAAGUGUAACGUACGUACGAGGCCAAUAAUAAGUUGUGCUUUCCUUGGUAUUAUCAUUUUAAUUAAUAUAUGUGUGAGAUAUUAUCUCCUCGA